AUGAAGCGCCUUAAUGAGGCGCUUGUUGGCCUGCUACUUGCAUGUGGUGUUUGCGCCAAAGCUGGGGUCGAGAAACAGGCUCGUGGCGAUGUCGCCCAACCACACUAUACGAAAGAGGUAGUCGUCUGGAUCAAUGAAAAGGGAGAGCGCGUCAAUAGACCUGUUCCCGAUGAAGAGAAGAGAUGUUGGUUCCUUAUCAAAAAGCCAGCCCUAACUCUUCGAUCAAAGAAACCCCCAAUAUCAACCCCAGGCACGGGUGUCUCCGAUAUACCACCACCAAAUGUACUAUCCAGGGACAACAACGACGCGAACGACCACCCUGUCCCAGCCAAAGGCAAACCCAAGGAGCUACCGCACCCUAACACACACCCCAAACCAGCCAUUCCUCACCCCCAUCCUCACCAGCACCUACACGCCCACUUCGGCAUCUCCUACUCCCCCUACAAGGCAGAUCGCACCUGCAAGAAUCAAGACGAAGUAAACAAAGACCUAGACCGAGUCUCCGAAUACUCCUUCAUCCGCAUCUAUGGCACAGACUGCGACCAAACAAGGACCGUAACCAACGCUGCACGUCGACACAACAUGCGCGUUUUCGCCGGCGUCUACGACCUAAAGAACUUCCCAGGAAGCCUUGACGCCUUCGGAGACGCAGUAUCAGGCCCAGACGGCAAAAAAGACUGGUCAAUCUACCACACGAUCGCCGUCGGAAAUGAACUCGUAAACGGCGGUACCAACUCCGCCAGCGACGUCGUGACAGCCGUCCAAAAAGCACGUUCCGUGCUACGUGCGCAGGGCUAUACAGGUCCCGUCGUCACAGUCGAUACUUUCUCCGUCCUCCUCGACCACCCGGAACUCUGCCAUGUCUCUGAUUACUGCGCUGCGAACUGCCAUGCUUUCUUCGAUGCUACGCAACGGCCUGCUGGGGCUGGUGCAUAUGCGCUCAAGCAAGCGCAUAGUAUCUCUGAGAGAGCGGGUGGGAAGCGUACUAUGAUUACGGAGUCUGGGUGGCCGCAUGCUGGGGAUGCGAAUGGAGGUGCUAUUCCUUCGGUGGAUAAUCAGCAGGCGGCUAUUGCGAGCUUGAGGAAGAGUUUUGAUCAUCGGAGGGAGGAUUUAGUACUUUUUACUGCUUUUAAUGAUUUGUGGAAGGAUGAUAACAUGUAUACCUUCAAUGCGGAAAAGUUUUGGGGGAUUCAUGGGGGUCUGUAG